AUGGGCUCUUUUGGGCCUUUUUCUUGUGCAUCCCAUUUACCUUCACACAUCCAUACCCAGCAAGGGAGACUUGCCGUCCAUUCCAUUUUGUCGCGGUUCUUCUCAGCGGCGGCGGCGGCGGCGAGGCCUCUGCGAGACUUCCAGAUUUUCCCGACGGGGAGGGAGCCUCCGCAGCGGAGCGGAUCGGCGGAGAGGGGGGAGAUGUCGUACAUGCGGGGUGACCUGCUGACGAAGAUGCGGAAGCUGGUGAAGGGCCUCGCCAGGCCCGAGCCCAGGUGGCUCAAGGCCAUGGAAGAGGCACCACCGGUGACAUUUCCUCGCCCAGAGGGGAAGAUCAAGAAGAUCGAGUUUCCUGAGGAUGUGUAUGUUAGGAAGUUCAACAAAAAACAUCCGGAUUCGCUCUACCAUGAUGCAAUCAAGAUAAGUGGAUUUGAUCCACCACCAGCUCGAGUUUUUGCUUGGCGUGUCCUGGAGCUGAAAGAGCAAGGAGUCCGUGAAGAUGAUGCGAUGGCUGUAGCAGAUAUGGAGUAUCGGACACAGAAGAAAGCAAAGAAGAAAGCAUACAAGGAACUGAAAGAAAUUGCCCGAAGUGAAGGAAAGAAGCCACCUCCAAAUCCAUACCCAAGUGCCAUAAAAGAAAUACAAGCAGAGGAAAAGAAAUAUGUUAUGGAUCGUUUAUUUAACCCGAAGGUAAUUGAGAUUGCAAACAAGAUGAAAGAGGAGAGAGACAAGUUGCGUCAAGAUAGAGCAGCAGGUCAAUGGUAG